GGAGAAGAGACCAACGGUGAAAAUCCUUUGUGAGACAGCUGAGCAAUGGUGAAAAAUUGUCACCUGUACGCCUAAAUAUUUGAAGCUAUGUAAAGAGGCCUUGAAUAUUUUAUGUGUGUAAAGAACUUCUAUCCGCUUCUUCUGGUUUAUGCAGAUCUUCUUCUUUGCUUGUUUUUGGAUCUGGAGAUCCUCUACUCUUUUUCUUAUUCAUUCGAUCACUCUCUCUUUUCAUUAUUUUUCUCCACUGACCCACAAGCGACAGACUGAACCUCCUACUUCUGGUUGUAAAUUUCCCCUUUUAGUAGCAGAAACUUCCUGCUGUGCAAGUAUUGAGUAAUAGACACAAGACAUGGGCAUGAAUAGCAUGAAUAAAGAGUGACAUUCUUGCUCACUGUACACGUCACUUGCUCUUCCAGCGAUCUGAUAAUGCUGUGGGAACAAACCGAUCCAGCCCUAAAGCUUCAGUGGAUUACAGCAGUAAAUUGAAUGAAUCCAGCAGGAGGAAAAUGCUGUCGUGAUUUGAAAAUGUGCCGCUGAUUGGGAGCGUUGAAUAGCAAAUUUUCACUUCAUUUAAGGAAGUCAAAGAAAUUUCAGUUCAUCACAACAGUUCAGAGGAGGAAAAAGAAGAUUUACAAAUAUUAUCUGAGCGGAACUCAAACCCGGGUCCACCAGCAUGGGAGGCGGGUGCUCUAACAAGGAGACUAAAGACUGCAGUCUAUAGCGCUAGAGCACCUCUUGAGUUCAGGAAAACGCGUGGGCUCCGAGCUCAGAAUAUUGGCCCGAACCCAGAGUUCUUCCCCCGGUGUGGUAAAAUAGAGCUAGAGUAGAUAGAACUAGAAGUGAGGAGAUGGGGUGGAGGAGGCAUGCUGAUAAACUCUCAGAUGAACCGGGCUAUUAAUCGGGACGAUGGCAUCAGUUAAAGAGCUGCUCAAGAAAUCACUGUAUGAACUGGAAGGAGAUGAUCUAAAGGAGUUUCAGUGGCAUUUAGAGAAUGAUCAUGAGAGUAUAUCAAAGUCUGACAUGGAGAAUGCAGAUAGGUUAAAAACUGUGGAUAAAUUGGUGGAGGGUUUUGGACCAGAAGAAGCUGUGAAGAUCACUGUGGAGAUCCUGAGGAAGAUGAACCAGAAUGAUCUGGCUGAACAUCUAGAGAACAAAGUCAAGCAAGGCUCAACUGCAGACGACAGACAAGCUACUCUUCAUGAAUACAAAGAGACCAGCCUCAAACUGAAGAACAAAUUAAAACAGGACUACAAGCGGAUAUUGGUUGGUAAUUCACAGACGGGUCAUAAAAAAAACCUGAACGAUAUUUACACUGAUUUAUAUGUGUUGGAGAAUGAGACUGGAGGAAGAGAAAAUGAACACGAGGUGAGACAGAUCGAAUUGAAUCACAAACAAUAUGAUGGCAAGGACACACCAAUCCAAUGCAGUAACAUUUUUAAAGUCAAUGAAAUCAAAAAGGUACUGAUGAUGGGCAUUGCAGGGGUAGGAAAAACUGUGUCUGUCAAUAAAUUCAUCCUUGACUGGGCUGAAGGAAAAGAAAAUCAGGAUAUAGCCUUGAUUUUCCCUCUGCCAUUCCGUCAGCUAAACUUGAUUACAGAGAACUGCAGUCUCAUUGGACUGAUUCAUGACUAUUUCUUUAGUGAUCUUAAAGAACUACCCUCUCUUCCUGAAGAUGAUGGUAAGGUUUUGUUCAUUUUUGAUGGGCUGGAUGAAUGUCGCUUCACUUUGAGCUUUAAAGAGGGUGGCAGAAUUACAGAUGUUCACAAAAAAACAACAGUGAGUAAGAUAAUAACAAACCUUAUCAAGACAGACCUGCUUCCCUCUGCUCUCAUCUGGAUCACAUCCAGACCAGCAGCAUCCAGUUUGAUACCCCGAAACCACAUUGAUCAGGUGACUGAAGUGCGAGGAUUUAACGAUGAGCAGAAAGAGCAAUACUUCAUCAAAAACAGCAGUUCUGAGGUUUCUGAAAACAUCAUCCGUCACAUCAAGAAAUCCAGGAGCCUGUACAUCAUGUGCCACAUCCCCGUCUUCUGCUGGAUCUCUGUCACAGUUCUUCAGCCUCUACUGGCCCGAGAGAGCAAUGACAAAACACCAACAACUCUCACAGAGAUGUACACAAACUUCUUAAUUUCUCAGCAACAACAAAUGAAAGAAAAAUACUGUGAUGACCUUGAAACUAAAGCCAAUGCAAUGUCUUUUGAUGAGAUUAUUCUGAAGCUUGGGAAACUGGCCUUUCAACAGCUGGAGAAAGGUCAACUGAUUUUCUACAAAAAAGAUCUUGAGGAAUGUGGACUAGAUGUCAGUGAAGGAUCUGUCUACUCUGGGUUAUGCACUCAGAUAUUUCAGGAGGAAAAGGCUGUUUCAGCAAGAAACAUUUACAGCUUUGUACAUCUCAGCAUCCAGGAAUUUCUUGCUGCUCUUCAUGUGUUUUUGAUUAGCAAAGACAAGAAUGAGAACCCAUUUCUUGAAUCAUGGAUAGAAAAACUGAAUUGGAAACUGUCCGAAAAGUCAAUGUUUCAGCUUCACAAGGCUGCAGUCAACAAGGCUUUGCAAAGUAAGAAUGGACACCUGGAUCUUUUCCUCCGGUUCCUUCUGGGUCUCUCACUGGAGUCCAGUCAGAAUGACCUGAAAGAAUUACUGCCAGGACUGGAACUCAAAACAGAGAGCCUGAAAAACACUGCUGACUUUAUCAAAAAGAAGAUACAAGAGGAGAAAUCAGUAGAGAGGACCAUCAAUCUCUUCCACUGUCUGAGUGAACUGAAAGAUGACUUUGUGGAGGAAAUCCAGAAGAAUCUGAGCUCAGGAAAUCUUUCAGCACAGAAGCUUUCCUCUGCUCAGUGGUCUGGUCUGGCGUUUGUGCUCCAGAUGUCAGAAGAGACUCAAGAGACCUUUGAACUACAGAAAUACAGAAGAUCUGAUGAAGCAGUGAGAAGACUGCUGCCAGUGAUCAAAAACACCAGAAGAGCAGUGUUACAUAGUUGUAAUCUCACUGCUCUGUCUUGUGAGAGUUUGUCUUCAGCUCUACAGUCCUCAAACUCUGUCCUGAGAGAGCUGGACCUGACUGAAAAUGACCUGAAGGAUUCUGGAGUGAAGCUUCUAUCUGAUGGACUGAAGAGCCCAAAUUGCCAUCUGGAGAUAUUGAGGUUACAUAGUUGUAAUCUCACUGCUCUGUCUUGUGAGAGUUUGUCUUCAGCUCUACAGUCCUCAAACUCUGUACUGAGAGAGCUGGACCUGACUGAAAAUGACCUGAAGGAUUCUGGAGUGAAGCUUCUAUCUGAUGGACUGAAGAGCCCAAACUGUCAUCUGGAGAUAUUGAGAUUGUCUGGCUGUAUGGUGACAGAGAAAGGCUGUCAUUAUGUGUCUUCAGCUCUGAGUUUGAACCCUUCACACCUGAGAGAGCUGGUUCUAAGCUACAAUCACCCAGGAGAUUCAGGAAUUAAGCUGCUUUCUGAAAAACUGGAUGAUCCAAACUGCACACUGGACAAACUCAAUGUGGAUCAUGGAGGAGAGAUCAGGAUUACACCAGGACCACGAAGAUAUUCCCAUAAGUUCACUCUGGAUCUGAACACAGUGAAUAAAUGCCUCCGUCUGUCUGAGGAGAACACAGUGAUUACUGGAACUUACACAGUCCAGCCGUAUCCUGAUCAUCCAGACAGAUUUGAUGUUCCUCAGGUGGUGUGUGGAGAGAGUUUGUGUGAUCGACGCUGUUACUGGGAGAUUGAGUGGAGUGGAGGUGGUGUGUCUAUAUCAGUGUCAUAUAAGAGCAUCAGCAGGAAGGGAGAGUUUAAUGAGUGUGAGUUUGGAUAUAAUGAUCAGUCCUGGAGUUUGAUCUGCUCUUCCUUCAGUUACUCAUUCAUACACAAUAACAUACAGACUAAACUCCCAGUAAAGCCCAUCAGCAGGAGAAUAGGAGUGUAUGUGGAUCACAGAGCAGGAACUCUGUCCUUCUACAGCGUCUCUGGAGACACAAUGAGCCUCAUCCACACAGUUCAGACCACAUUCACUCAACCACUCUAUCCUGGGUUUACUGUUUGGUCUGGAUCAUCAGUGAAACUGUGUUGAUGAAUCAGACUGUAGAGAGAUUCUACCCAUAAUGCUUCGAGCUGAUGAUAAAUCAGUGACUGUCAGACUUGACAAGAUGAUCCAAGAUAAGAGUCUCAACACAUAAAGACGAUGAACACUUUUAUUAUUAUUUUCAACACGUCUCAAAAGCAACAUUUGUCUUGCACCACAAACACUUUUGCCAUAGUAUUGUGUUUUUGGAUUUAUCAUAAACACAGUUAUUCAAACCUAAAGCUCUUCUUUCAUGAGCUCCUGUGAUCAUUUGGGGUGUCACACAUACGGGCCGCAGGAUGAUUUGAACUAUAAUAAUAAUAAAAUAUAGAGAUGCACUAGUCCACUGGUUAUAAAUCCAAACGUUUUUAGUUUUAUUUUUGCUCAAUCUUUACUCCGGGCUGGCAAACAAGAUGCUGUAAUAAUUUCCUAAAAUGUAAUUUGUGUGGAAAUAUUUACCAUGUCUGUAAACAGGAAGUUAAAACAGGCGAACGGACACAAAGAGGAGAACAGACGCGCCACAAAGAAAAUACUGUACAUACACAAGCUCUUGUCAUCAAGUUUUGAUGGCUUUUCCUCUUAUCUCUGUAUAAAGUAUUUAUAAGUAUCUAUUUAUCGAUGCAGUGCUGCUUUGUGUACAGUGGUAACCAUGGAAACGCUGUAUCACUGCUGUCCCAUGAGCACCACCUACUGUCAGAGAGUGAAUCUGUAUCUUCAUUCAGUCCGUCUGCUGAUUGUGUUUUGUGCAGGUGUCUUAUGAAGCAUAAUUUCACAAAGCUAAAGGCAGACCAUGCUGUUUCUGCUGUUAAUCUUGAAAUUAUAAAAUAAUUUAAAUUAAAAACAACUGCUCAUGUGCAUAACAUCUUUGUUGGGAUUGUGAUAAAAAUGCACCACCUCUAAUAUAAAAAGCUACACAUAUUUUUUGAACAAUUAAACAAUAAAUACAUUUGCUUAAAAAAAAAUUGGAAUUGGCCACGAAAAAUCAAAAUAGGUGCAUCACUGUGUAGUGAACAGCACAUUCUAGGCCGGGCCCCUCUCUGUCGUAACA